AUGGAGUUGCAGGAGUCAGCAGCAGGUUUGGUGCGGCAAUUGGGGGAGAAAGUCGAAGAUCCUCGAGGGUUUGGGUUCAUGAGCCCUGCAAUCUAUGAUACGGCAUGGGUUUCUAUGAUUAGCAAGACGGUUGAUGAACACAAGGCAUGGCUCUUCCCAGAGUGUUUCGAGUAUAUUCUAUCUCAUCAGCUUGAAGAUGGUGGUUGGGAGAUGUACGCGUCUGAAAUUGACGCAAUUCUCAACACUGGUGCCUCGUUACUGUCAUUAAAGAGACAUUUCAAAAACCCCUAUCAGAUUGAAUGUCUCUCACAAGAAAAUCUGUCAGUUCGCAUUGACAGAGCCCAAAAUGCGUUCCAAAAACUUCUCGAUGAAUGGAAUGUUGACAGUACACUCCACGUCGGAUUCGAGAUCCUGGUCCCGGCACUUCUCAGAUAUCUUCGAGAAGAGGGCAUUACUUUUGUCUUUCCCGGUAGAGCGCGUCUGCUUGAAAUUGAGCAGCAGAAACUAUCAAAAUUCAAAUCGCAAUAUCUUUACCUUCCAAUCAAAGUGACUGCUUUGCAUUCCCUAGAAGCGUUCAUAGGAGCCAUUGACUUCAAUAAAGUCAGUCACCACAAAGUCAAUGGGUCAUUUAUGGCGUCUCCAUCAUCUACAGCAGCAUACAUGAUGCAUUCAACGCAAUGGGAUGAUGAAUGCGAGCACUAUCUCCGCCACGUCAUUUCUCAUGCGUCUGGGAAAGGAUCCGGCGGUGUUCCGAGCGCCUUUCCUUCCACCAUCUUUGAAAGUGUUUGGCCUCUAUCAACCUUGCUUAAAGUGGGUUAUGAUUUGAACUCUGCGCCUUUCAUUGAGAAGAUCAGAACAUACUUGCGUGAUGCAUUUGUGGCCGAAAAAGGAAUUCUCGGCUUUUCUCCUUUUGUUGGCGCUGAUGCAGAUGAUACUGCUACCGCAAUCUUGGUGCUCAACCUUCUGAAUCAACCAGUCUCCGUUGACGCCAUGCUGAAAGAGUUUGAAGAAGAACAUCACUUCAAGACCUACUCUCAGGAGCGAAAUCCCAGUUUCUCCGCCAAUUGUAAUGUUCUUCUUGCUUUACUAUAUAGCCAAGACGUGUCCCUUUAUAGCGCUCAGAUCGAAAAGGCUAUAAGGUUCCUCUACAAGCAAUUCAAAGACUCGGCAUUGGAUGUUCGGGAUAAAUGGAAUUUAUCUCCAUACUAUUCUUGGCUGCUUAUGACACAAGCUAUGACACGGUUGACGAACCUUCAAAAGACUUCAAAGAUAACAUUGAGUAAUCAUUCAAUCAGCAAAGACUUAAUUUGUCUGCUGCUAAGAAUAUCUUCUACCGUGCUUAAAGACCAGAAGCCAGGAGGCUCAUGGGGUAGCACUCGAGCAUCCAAAGAAGAGACUGCGUAUGCAGUGUUGAUCCUAACUUAUGCUUUUUACGUCGACGAGAUUCCCGAAUCGUUACGAAACGAUAUUAAGAUUGCUAUUGAAAAUGGUUCCUCCUUCCUAUCUGAGAAAACAACACAGGCUGAUUCAGAGUGGCUUUGGGUUGAGAAAGUUACAUACAGAUCAGAGAUUCUUUCGGAAGCAUACCUUUUGGCUGCUCUCAAACGAGCAACUGACUUACUUGAAGAAAAGACAGAACCCGUUGCCGGCGUUAGCGCUACUUCCACUAAUGGAAUCGAACAAACCAACGGAAUCAACGGUAAACUUGAAGUCAAUGGUACUAAUGGCACUCACAAAACGAAUGGUAUCAAUGGUACGCAUGAAACGGACGGAACCAAGGGUGUCAACGGCACGAAUGAUUGCUUGGAUUUGUCUCACGAUACAAAUGGCAAGGUGGAAGGAACUCCUGCGAUCAUAGAAACGAAUGGCCACCAAGUGAAUGGCGCAAAUCAAGACGUGCCUCUGACAGACGGCACGUCCAAUAGAGAUUCUAUUUCUAUCCAUACAGAUCACUCAGGCAGUUACUAUCACCGCAGUGAUUGGACAACCUAUGAAGAAGAAAUUCUUCUGGGUCCAUUUAACUACCUAGAGAGCCUCCCUGGCAAAAACAUGCGUUCACAACUGAUUCAAUCAUUCAACACAUGGCUCAAAGUUCCAGAACGCAGUUUAACUGUCAUUAUUAAGGUGGUAUCAAUGUUACAUACAGCCUCACUCUUGAUCGAUGAUAUUCAGGAUCAAUCAAUCCUCCGCCGCGGGCAACCUGUAGCGCACAGCAUCUUUGGCACAGCGCAGGCAAUGAACUCAGGGAAUUACGUGUACUUCCUAGCUCUUCGAGAGGUUCAGAAGUUACAGAACCCGAAAGCUAUCAGUAUUUAUGUUGGUUCUCUGGUUGAUCUCCACCGUGGUCAAGGCAUGGAGCUUUUCUGGCGGGAUUCUCUCAUGUGUCCUACAGAAGAGCAGUACCUUGACAUGGUCGCGAACAAAACUGGAGGGCUGUUUUGCCUUGCUGUUCAACUAAUGCAAGCCGAAGCGACCGUACAAGCUGACUUUAUACCACUUGUAAGACUACUUGGCAUCAUCUUCCAGAUUUGUGAUGAUUACUUGAACCUGAAAUCCACAGCAUAUGCAGAUAAUAAAGGUUUGUGUGAGGAUCUGACAGAGGGCAAAUUCUCUUUCCCCAUUAUUCAUAGCAUCCGAGCCAACCCUGGGAACCGGCAGCUCAUUAAUAUUCUGAAACAAAAGCCACGUGAGGACGACAUUAAACGCUAUGCUCUAUCGUAUAUGGAGAGCACGAAAUCAUUCCAUUAUACUCGUCAUGUUGUCAAGAAACUGAAGACAGAGGCACUUGAUACAAUCCAGGAAUUGGAACGGCAGGGCUUGGAUGAGAACAUUGGCAUUCGAAAGAUACUCGCUCGCAUGUCCCUUGAGUUAUGA